UCGCCUCUGCAACUGGCUGUAUAUCUCGGGAGCGAAAAGACCGUGGCUCUGCUCCUUGACCACGGAGCUGACGUGAACAGGCAGUGCGGCUCGCUCGACGCGCCGCUGUUGUUGGCCGUGGAGAAUGACCAGGCUGCCAUUGUUCAGCUUCUGCUGCAAAGCGGCGCAGAUUCCAAUUGCCCACGCGUCUCGACCGACGCGCCCCUCCACGUCGCUCUCAGAAACAAGUCCAGGCCUUGCGUGCGCCUUCUCCUUCGCCAU